AGAAAAGGUUAUGUUACCUAUGUUAUUCUUGCGAUCUUUCAGUUAAAAUAAAACCCUUUAAAAAACUAUAAAUACUAUUCAGAACCAUGACGAAGCUGCUAGAAUGGAUAUCGGUGAUCUCAGCAGUUCUAGCAGUCUGGUAUUCCCUCGUCGGUGGUUACGUGAAGCACCCAGUCAUAGAAGCGAACAUGAAUCUAAUAUUGAUAUCACCAAUAAUCUUUGUGAUUUUGUUUGGCUUGUACGCUGUGACAGUAAUCUUGUAUCGUGUGUUUACGUUUAAUAAUUGCGAAGAAGCAGCGAAAGAGCUGCAAGAAGAGAUCGCAGAGGCUAAGAAGGACUUGGCUAGCAAGGGACUCAGUUGGUGAUGACAUACAUUCCAGUAGCUAGUAGGCUAAGUACAUGUAAGGAUAAUUUGUAAAUUUUAUAUUAUAUAUUUAAUGAAGUUGA